AUGGAUGACUGUUGCCUCAACCCCCUCAUUUCGAGCCAGAAGAGCUCGCAGCUCCAUGCUGUCCUCCAUCCGCUGGUGCUUCUCACAAUCUCUGACUACAUUACGCGCCAUACUCUCCGCCAGCAGACCGUGCCAAUAAUUGGCGCUCUCCUUGGCCAACAAAAUGGCCGUGAAAUUACCAUCGAGCAUGCAUUCGAAUGUCACCUCGUGGAGGCGCCGAACGAGGAGGGUGGCUACCUGCUUGAUUACACCAGAUUUACUGCCAGACUCGAGCAAAUGACUACCGUUCACAAGGAUCGACAGCUCGACUUUGUUGGUUGGUACACUCUGCUCCCCGCAGAUGGGCCGACACCGACGAUCUUGCCCAUUCACAACCAGAUUCUACAAGGCUGGAACGAGUCUGCAGUUCUUCUGGGCUUUCAACCCCAGGAGGUUCUAAAUCACUCUGUUGGUGGCAAGCUGCCACUGACUAUAUACGAGAGCAACUACGAAGCGGACGAAUCGAUCCACGAUGGCGAAGACAGAAAGAUGGACGACGGAGAACCGCCGCUGAAGCUCAAGUUUCGAGAAGUUCCGUACUCUGUCGAGACGGAUGAGACGGAAAUGAUAAGCAUGAACUAUAUUGCGAGUGGUGGAGGCAACGCCGCCGCUGUCGCCUCCAAAGACACACAUCCAUCGCGAUCUAUUGAGUCAAACGGCAAAGGCAAGCGGCGCCUUGUCGAAAGCGAACGAGAAGAAUCCACCGAUAUCGCCCAGGAAGACGAGCCUGGUGUAUUUCUUUCGCGUGAAGAAGAGGAGACGCUCACUGCCCUUACCGCCAAAGCCAACGCCGUCAAGAUGCUUCAAUCAAGGAUCCACCUUCUCAUUGCAUAUCUCGACAGUAUUCCUCCUUCAUUUGCAAGCAAAGACACGGCGGACGAAGGCUCCAUGGAUACUGAUGCGUCUACAGUGGCCCCCUCAUUGACAGUCUUGCGAGAGAUUAAAGCACUCACUGGCCGCCUUGGGUUGGUGAUUCCCUCGGACGAUGAGUCCUUCAAGAAGAAGAUGAUCUCAGAGCAGAACGAUGUCGAGGCCAUUAACCUUUUGAGUACUCUCAUGCAGAGCAUCGGUCAGGCGCGGGAAGUGGGUAAGAAAUUCGCCGUUGUGGAUGGGUGCAGAAACGCCCAACAGAAACGUGGCGAGUAUCCCGGUACGCCGACAUUUUCACUGUCUGGCACAGGCGAUUUGCUCCUGUAA